UUCUUCACUCGUUCGCUGGUCGCAUUAUUUUUUCGGAAAUUUUCGUUCGCGAAUACGCCAAGAAUAGGGCUUCUGAUUGUCAACUGUUAUUCGCACCGAAUUUUGAUUAAUAUCGAUACACGUGGCUAAAAUUUACUAUCUCAAGAUAUUUUUAACCUCUCGAGCAUUUUCAGAGAGCAAGAGAGGCAAUGUGAAAUGGUUAUACCCUCGCCGUCGCCAGUGGAUCGGUCAAUUUUUUUCAUCUUGCUGUUGUACUGCAGUGGUUCUUGAAAGAGUUAUGUGAGAGCAACAGCAAAAGUUUUCAAGAUAUUAUAGAUGGAUGCUGAGUGUUUUGCAAGCUGAUGGGACACCUGUUUUGGAGCUGAUCCAAAGUUGCACGUUUUUAUGAUUAAUGAAAUGAGUACUUUGGAUGGCUUUGAUGAUUUGCAUCGUGAUGUGUGUAAUUUUCUGAAUCAUGGUGCUGCUACAAAGUUGCCUGUAGCUGAAAAGUACCACAUGGAUCAGAUUCGUGUUGAUGACAGUAGUCAAAUAUCUACGAGUUAUCAAUCAAAAGAAUGGAGUCCCACUAUAAUUAGACAAAUUUUUCCUGUCAACUCCAUUGGUGAUUCUGAAGAUAAAUUGUCAAGUUUUAUAUGCAAAUUUUCAACUGUGCCCAGGCUGUACAUCAAUCUACUGCAAUACUUUUCUAAUAGUCUUUCAAGAGAGGAGAAAAAAGAAAAUAUGAAAUUGAAUAUAAUGUAUACAAGUUUUCCAAUCAGAAUAUGUAUUGUGUUCUUGUCCCUAUUCCUCAUUCUACAAUUAAUACCAACAACUAAUGCAUCAGAACCAUUAGGAAAUCCAUAUCACAUUUUAGGAGUUUCACGACAUGCAACUCUGAAAGAAAUACGUAAAUCAUAUAAGAAUUUAGUUAAAGAAUGGCAUCCGGAUAAAACUGAUCACCCAGCAGCAGAAACCAAAUUUGUGGAAAUUACAAGAGCUUAUGAGCUAUUGUCUGAUCCUGAGAGGCGCAGGAGAUUUGAUAAUCAUGGAAUAACAGAAGAAGGUCUACCAAGACACAGGAGAGAUAAUAGUGACUUCAAUAUGAAAGAUCCCUCUGAUAAAUUUUUCUCUGGAAACUUCCAAUUCCAUUACCAGAGUAGAGAUAUUUCUCUUUUCCACAAAAUGAGUAUAACGUAUAGAGCUUAUGAAAAUAAUGUGUUACCGAAGAGUCAUAAGACUCCGCAUUUAAUACUUGUAUAUUCAGACUGGUGUUUUGCUUGCUUGCAAGUUGAACCUAUUUGGCGGAGAUUAAUAGAAGAGCUUGAGCCACUAGGAGUCAAUCUAGUCACUGUUCAUGCUGAAAGAGAAUCUGGUUUAGCAAGAAAACUCAGCAUCCAUAGUUUGCCCUGCCUUGCUGUUACUGUUGAUGGUCGGACCAGUAUUUAUAAAGAAUCAAUGUUAAGUGUUCAAAAAGUAGUUGAUUUUCUCAGGAGUAAAUUUCCGUAUAGAUUACUAUACAAUGUGAACAGUAACAAUAUAGAAAGCUUUCUAUCUGGAUGGGUAGAUAAUAGAAUAAGAGCACUUAUAUUUGAAAAUAGAGCAAGUCCAAGGCUGAGAUAUUUGCUUGUUGCCUUACAUCACCAAGAUAGAGUUGUUUUUGGCUUUGUGCAGACUGGCAUUCCCGAAACAGAAGCCAUCACGACGAGAUAUAACGUUUCAGAAGACAUGGAUACAUUAUUAUUGUUCAAUGAAAACUUUGAUAAGCCAGUUGCAAGAGUGACCAUGCAAGAUAUUCCAAGUGAUAUGAUGCAUAAGCUAAUUGAAAGUCAUAAAUUUCUAAUAUUACCAAGACUUUCGAAUCAAGCCAUGCUGGAUUCCAUAUGUCCACAAGUGUGGCAGAAGUUGCAGAAGCGUUUGUGCGCGAUUUUAGUUUCGCAAAAUAAUCCAGACUCUGAUGUUGUUAGAGAUAAGUUUAGACAAGCAGCUUUGGUUGCUCCGUACAAAACUGAAAAAGUUAAAUACACGUACGUCUUCAAAGAUGCUCAAUCGAAUUUCAUAUCCGCUCUUCUAACUGGCGAAGCCAGCCCAUCAGACCCGCUAAAUCAUAUUGUGAUUAUUUGGAGGCGAGAUUCUAGUCAUGUUAAGUACGAGUGGUUUUUCGCUAAUUGGGCUGAUACAACGGCCAAUGAUAAUCGGUGGAAUGAGACUCGUCUAAGUUUAGAUCAAACUAUACAAAGACUUUUACGUUCUUCUGAAGCGUUGCCGUAUGCUGCUAAUGUACAAGACCUGACGGAUGAACAUGCUCUGAGUACUGUUGAAAAGAUUAUUAAUAGAGCGAUAAAUGCGGUCGAUUAUCUAUCUGAGAAUCUUACAAAAGAACAAAUUCUUCCAUUAUUGUCUGUCUUUGCCACGCUGUUAUUAAUCGGAGCAGUCGGCUAUGGAAUGUCGUAUUUAGUGAAAUUAGAGGAGGCUAGUGUACAAGCCAAAUACGGUCAAUUCAAAGAGAAUUCAAAGGCUGUUUCACCGCAACCGCAACUGCGGCUCCAUGAGAUGAGAGCCGAGACAUUUAAUGGACUCGUUCGACUUCUCAAGCCAGGAUGUCGAACGAUCGUUCUAUUAGUCGAUAAUCAAACUAAAUUGAAAUUGUUGCCAUCUUUCCAUAAAGCCGUUUGGCCAUAUAGGAAAAACAAAACUUUAAUGUUUUGCCACUUAUCACUGGAACGAGGACUUGAGUGGUAUAAGAAGAUUUUAACACUAAGCUUACCGGAACCUAGAGAAUUGAAUAUCAACGCGAAAAAUUGCGUUGGCACCGUUUUAUCAUUGAAUGGACAUCGCAAGUAUUUCUGCAUGUACCAUGCCAAACACCCAGAGUCGAAGAAAGGAAAAAGUUCCAGACGUAUGGAAAGGAUGACCAAACGAUUAUCUCAGCCCGAAGAUGCCGAAGCUGGAGCCUUCAUUGGUUUCGAUGAUUCAAGUGAUUCUGAGUUUUCACAGGAUGAGAUUCAGAGCGACGUGAUAUAUCAGGACAAAUUACUGGACGGUCUAUCAAUGUGGCUUGACAGGCUAUUUGAAGGUUCAACGCAACGUUAUUACAUAAAUUACUGGCCAGAUUUCACUGCAAAAUAAAAAAAGUGGUAAAAUAAAUAAGAGUAUACGCCUUCUACAAUAUAUAUAUAUAUAUAUAUAUAUAUGUAUACGUAUACAGUGCCCGACACGUACUUUUACCCACCCUGAGCCGAAAUUUGCCAAACUUGAAAGUUUUAUAUCUCAACGAAAAAGAGUCGUAGAAUAAAAAAACUUGAAGCCAUUUUAAAGGUAAUAGCAAAAGCUUUAAGUAACGUGAAGAUAAUAUUGUUUGUACUAGAAUUAAGUUUUUUAUGCUUAAAAAAUGAACAUAAAAAAUUUCUUUUUUUUGCCCAUAUACAAAUUUAUUUAUUUGCUACGCAAAUCAGCGGAUCAUUAAAAAUCCAAGUAAAAUUAGAAAGUGGAAUUUUAAAUAAGAGUGACAAAACUCAUCUCUGAUUUUUUUAUACAGAGAUAUAGCUAAUAUAUAAAUAUAUAUUUAUUAAAAAAAAAUUGUUUUUUUCAUCGACUCAUAUCUCGAUUACUAUGCAUUAAAUAAAAAAACUUUAAAGAUAAAAGUUGUUUCUUUUUUGGUCGAGAAUACAAAAAUAAAGUGAAA